AUGAAGGCCGUGUCUGUCACGCUCGUCUCCCUCUUUGCCGCCGCUCAGGCCACUGGCUCGUGGUGGGGCACCGAUAGAUGCUUUCCCAACCCGGAUAACACCGACAACGAGUGCACUGAUCACCAGAGGGGUGGUUUCGACUGGUCUGGCCUCGGCCUGGGACAGUUCUCUUUCUACGGAGGCUUUGAAUUCUCUGGUUUCAGCUGCACAGACGGCUUCGGCGCUUCUGGAAAGCGCAGCUUUGGCGGUAAAUCCAUUGAAGGCAAGCUCUCCUCCGCCCCUAAGAUCUCCUGCGGGAAGGAGCAAAAGGGGUUCUCCAUCAGCAACUUCUACCUCUCCACUUCCAAGGAGACCGAUGUUCACAUCGUUUAUGGCAUGCCUGACGGCUCGAGCUGCCGGCACGUCGCCUCUUGCUCCCCCGAGGGUGGCAAGUUCUCCAACGACCAAUGUGGUGGUGCCACCUCCGUCACCUUCGAGCUGCCCGAGGGUCACGAUGAUGACUGCGACGUGGGUGUCCACACUAUCGAGUUUGACUGCUCCCCUGGCAAGCCCACCGCAACUCCCAGUGUUCCAUCGUUGCCGUCUUCGUCCGGCGUCAGCCUUGUCUCGUCUACGCCUGCUAUCCCCGACACUACCACUCCUGUCAUUCCCACUAGUGUUCCUGCUUCGUCCGGUGGUGUCACGUCGUCAUCUGCAGCUAUCACGACGCCUGGCCCAGUCACCACUCCUACCAAGUGGACCACUUCGACAGUGUACACUACCAGUGAAAUCACCAUCACCAGCUGUGCUCCCACGGUGACCAACUGCCCUGCCAAUUCGGUCACUGUCGUCACCUCCACCAUUGCAGUGUCGACCACGAUCUGCCCCGUCACUGCCACCGAGACUGCUCCUUCAGAAACGGCCCCAGCGGAAACCGGCCCUUCUGAGACUGAGCCUUCCGAGACUGGUCCUUCUGAGACUGCUCCAGCUGAAACUGGACCUUCUGAGACUGCUCCUUCUGCGACUGGACCUUCUGCGACUGGACCUUCUGCGACUGGACCUUCUGCGACUGGACCUUCUGCGACUGGACCUUCUGCGACUGGACCUUCUGAGACUGCUCCUUCUGCGACUGCUCCUUCUACGACUGCUCCUUCUACGACUAGACCUUCUACGACUAGACCUUCUAAGACUACUCCUUCUACGACUAGACCUUCUACGACUGGACCUUCUGAGACUGCUCCUUCUGCGACUGGACCUUCUGCGACUGCUCCUUCAGAGACCGCCCCUUCAGAGACCGCCCCUUCAGCAACUGGUCCCUCGCACACUGCCCCUGCGGAAAGCACCCCAGUUGGAAGCUCUCCAGUUGAGCCCAGUUCUUCAUCUCCGGCUGGCUCCACCCCGGUCAUCACCUCUCCGGCCGUCACUGCCCCAUCCAGCACUGCCCCUGCGAUCACUGGAGACAUCACUACCACCGUGGUGACGUACGAGACGGUGACCACUUGCCCCGUGACUGAGACCAUCACCACCAGCGGCACUGUGACAACUUCGACAUACAGCACUGUCUCUACUGUCACUCUGACCUCCACUUCUACCAUCUGCACGGCUUGCGAGGCCAGCAGCACUCCUGGUCCUACCUCCGUUUCUCCUGUCACUGGAACUGUCCCUGAGGAUUCUACCACGACCAUUGUGACCUAUGAGACCGUGACUACCUGCCCGGUGACGAAGACUAUCACCUCCGAUGGCGCUGUGACCACCUCAACCUUCAGCACAGUCUCGACCGUCACUCUGACCUCGACCACCACUAUUUGCACUCGCUGCACGGCGGGAAGUACCCAUCUUCCCUCGGGCCAGUCUCCAGUCACCGCGACAGAGUCCAGUGGUGCACCCUCCGUGACCGCUACUCCGUCGUCCGCCCCUUCUGCUCCUUGCCCUAACGUUGUGCCCAAGUGUAUCAACACCUGGCUCAGCCUUCUUCCCAAAUGCGACUCCAACAGCGACGCCAGCUGCUUCUGCCCAUCCUCCGACUUCACCAACAAGGUCAUUUCUUGCGUCCAGGCAUGGGGAGCGUCCCAGGCCGAGGUCCAGGCUGCUCUGUCCUACUUCACCGGUAUCUGCGCCGCCUUCGUGCCCCAGAACCCGGGCAUCGUGACUGCCAUCCCUACCACCAUCACCCUGGUGCCCACCGUUGCUCCUACCCACGCGCCCAACCCCACCGGUGCCGACGCAGUCACCCCGCACCCCACCGGUGCCGGCUCCGUCACCGUCCCUCCAGCAGCACCCGUCACCACCAUCACGUACUCCUCGUACACUGUGACGGUGCCCCAGGUCGUCUUCACCACCGCUACUGGCGGCGCGUCCACCACCGUUGGCCUGAUCCCCGGUGCCCCCACCAGCGUCUCGCCGGGUGGCACGACCCGGAUCCCCAACCCCUGGCUGUCGUCCUCCACGCUGGCGACCUACACAGGAACCCGCACGGGCACUCCCACGCCGACGGCAUCUAUCAUUCUCUCCAAUACCGCCUCCUCGGGCACGGUCUCGAGCGGCCUGCUGGCUCUUGCCGUUGCGGCACUCUUUGGCGCUCUCUACUAA